AACACCAGUAGCUAGCACGACUGACUCCUAGUAGCUGUAGCAGUGCGAUCACCUACUAUUAUAAGAUAAAUGCAAAUCUUUCGGAGAUGAGCGCCUGUAGUUAUUUCCCACGAUGAAAGAGCUGAAACAAGGAAAGACGGCGAGAUUAUGAUUGUCAUGUCGCCAUAUGAUAGAAGAGAACAAGUUUUUUGAGAUCGCUCACUUUUUGUGCUUUCAAGAUCUGGCCUUCAAAUUUCCAUUCUCAUUCAAGCAAAGAACGACCUGUACUAGAUUUUUGGAUUUUCAAUUUCAAGGUAGGAAAAAGAAAAGCGAUAUUCGACUGAUAAUCGUUCAAAAAUUCACUUGUUUUUAGCUUCGAAUGAGUCCUUGUUAUAUUUAUAAUUGUUGUCCGAUUUCCCUUUCUCGUCUUUUCCAUCGUCGAGAAGAUGAUCGAUGAACAACUAUCGAUAAACGUGAUCUGAUUUUGGUUUUCCUCCUGUUGUACACCUAAAAAUUAUUGAUGUCAAAAUAUAACUUCAAGCUAUUGGUAUAGAGCAAAACGAAGAACUUUGUUCGAACUGCUUUACUCUGUUGUCACUCUAUAAAAAUCACUGUAACUUACUCAACUUUGUACUUUUCCCAUGAUAGAGAGGAAAGACGAACUACAAGACGACCACCAAUAAAUGAAGGAGCAAAGGUUGUGACUUUUGAAGCUUGAUUGCCUGCUGAGCAGGACUGAUGCUGCAAUAUUAAUAUGAGAAGCGGCGCGCUUUCGUAGUACUUCAACAGUUGUGCUGCUGUACAACAAGUGGUGAUUGUGGGUGCGACCACGUCGUGCGAG